AUGACAACCAACACCUCCCUCGUCCUCUCCCAACGCCCCUCCGGCCCAAUCGAGAAAGGCAAAACCUUCUCCCUCAAAUCCUCCCCCGCCCCCACCGAGGCCGACCUCAAAGAUGGCCAAGUCCUCCUCGAGACUCUCUACAUCUCCUUCGACCCAGCCAUGCGCGGCUGGCUAGACGACCGCCGCUCCUACAUCCCCCCCGUCCAACUAAACGAAGUCAUGCGCGCCCUCACCGUCUCCCGCGUCCUCGCCUCCAAAUCCACCAAGUUCUCCCCGGGAACAAUCGUCACCUCCGCCUCGGGAAUCCAAGAAUACGCCAUCAUGCCCGACUCCCAAGUCGAAAAAGCGUACGACCUCCCCCAGGGCGGCAAACUCACCGACCUCCUCGGCGUGCUCGGGUCCACCGGUUUAACAGCCUACUUCGGCAUGACGAAAAUCGGCCUCCCGAAGCCAGGCGACACGGUCGUCGUCUCCGCCGCCGCUGGCGCGACCGGUUCAGUAGCCGCGCAAAUUGCAAAGAUCGCCGGCGCGAGGGUGAUUGGUAUUGCCGGGGGGGAGCAAAAGUGCCGUUGGCUCAAGGAAGAGCUGGGGUUGGAUGAGGCGAUUGACUACAAGUCCCCGGAUUAUAAGCAGAAAUUCAAGGAGGCGACACCGAAAUUUGUGGAUGUGUACUUUGAUAAUGUCGGGGGCGAGAUCCUUGACAUGGUCAUGGCGAGGGCUGCGCAGUUUAGCAGGUUUGUCAUGUGCGGCGGGAUUUCGCAGUACAACUCGGCCGAGAAGAAGGGGCCGGGGGCGAGCUUCUUCAAUGUGAUUACCCAGAGGAUCAGGAUGCAGGGAUUUAUUGUUUUUGAUUACAUCACCGAGUAUGAUGGGCGAGGAAGCAGCGGCGCUGAGGGGAAGCUCAGGAGGAAGGAGACGGUUGUCAAGGGUGGUGUGAGGAGUGCCGAGGAGGCCUUUGACUGGUUGUUUACAGGCAAGAAUACCGGCAAGUUGAUGGUGGAGGUCAAGGGGGAGGAGGGCGGUGCUAGGCUUUGA